AGCACGUGCUCAGACGGGGGAGGACCCAGAUGACUGCGGCCCUCUUCUCUGCGCCCACCUCUUUUGCGCUGAGCGUCCUCCCGGAACUCCCACGGGAGUGGGCGGUGCCCGCUCGGCAUUGCUGCUGUUCCGGAUGUCGACACGCGGGGGAGCCAGAGCCGAGCAAGAGCUGCUGCGAACUGCCAAGGAGGUGACGAUGCUCUUCGGCACUGAAGCGGCAGCCGCGGGAUGCGAGGACGCGGAGCUGCGGUGCCGCGUGGCUGUGGAGGAGUUGAGCCCAGGCGGACAGCCGCGAAGGCGCCAGGCCCUGCGCACUGCGGCGCUAAGCCUGGGUCGUAACGAGCGCCGCGAGCUGAUGCUGCGGCUGCAGGCGCCGGGGCCAGCGGAGCGGCCGCGCUGCUUCCCCUUGCGCGCCGCGCGCCUCUUCACGCGUUUCGCGGCGGCCGGGCGCAGCACCCUGAGGCUCCCAGCCCACGGCGCUGCCAGGGCCGGCGCGGUGCAGCUACUGCUCUCCGACUGCCCCCCGGACCGCCUGCGCCGCUUCCUGCGCACGCUGCGCCUCAAGCUUGCUGCGGCACCGGGUCCUGGCCCGGCCUCUGCCCGUGAGCAACUGCUCAGUCCACGGCCCCGGGAUUUCGUCACCAUCAGCCCUUUGCAGCCCGAGGAGCUGCAGCGCACGGUGGCCACCCGGGUUCCAGACACCACGCUGGUGAAGCGGCCUGCAGAGCCCCAGACUAGAGAGGCGGAACCUAGCACCGAAAACCAAAAGUGGCCCCUGCCUGUGAAGAGGCUGAGUUUGCCCCCCACCAAGCCACAGCUUUCUGAGGAACAGGCUGCUGUGCUGAGGGUCAUCUUGAAAGGCCAGAGCGUUUUCUUCACUGGGAGUGCAGGGACAGGGAAGUCAUACCUGCUGAAGCGUAUCCUGGGCUCACUGCCCCCCACAGGCACGGUGGCCACUGCCAGCACUGGGGUGGCAGCAUGUCACAUUGGGGGCACCACCCUCCAUGCCUUUGCAGGCAUCGGCUCAGGACAGGCUCCCCUGGCCCAGUGUGUGGCCCUGGCCCAAAGGCCAGGUGUGCGACAGGGCUGGCUGAACUGCCAGCGGCUGGUCAUUGAUGAGAUCUCAAUGGUGGAGGCAGACCUCUUUGACAAGCUGGAGGCUGUGGCCAGAGCUGUUCGACAACAGAACAAGCCAUUUGGAGGGAUCCAGCUCAUCAUCUGUGGGGACUUCCUACAGCUGCCACCUGUAACAAAGGGCUCCCAGCCCCCCAAGUUCUGCUUCCAGGCCAAGAGCUGGAAGAGGUGUGUACCAGUGACCCUGGAGCUGACUCAGGUGUGGAGGCAGGCAGACCAGACCUUCAUCUCUCUGCUGCAGGCUGUGAGGCUAGGCAGGUGCACAGAUGAGGUGACUCACCAGCUCCAGGCCACAGCCACCAACAAAGUGGGGCGGGAUGGAAUUGUGGCCACAAGGCUCUGUACCCACCAGGAUGACGUGGCCCUCACCAACAAGAGACGGCUGCAGGAGCUGCCAGGUGAGGUACACAACUUUGAGGCUAUGGACAGUGACCCUGAGCUAGCCCAGACUCUGGAUACCCAGUGUCCUGCUAGCCGGCUCCUUCAGCUAAAGCUGGGGGCUCAGGUGAUGUUGGUGAAGAACUUAGCAGUGUCCCGGGGCCUGGUGAAUGGUGCCCGAGGGGUGGUAGUCGGGUUCCAGACUGAAGGGAGAGGGCUGCCUCAGGUGCACUUCCUGUGUGGAGUCACUGAGGUCAUCCGUGCUGACCGCUGGACAGUGCACGCCACUGGGGGCCAGCUCCUCAGCCGACAGCAGCUACCCCUCCAGCUGGCCUGGGCGAUAUCCAUUCACAAGAGCCAAGGCAUGUCCCUGGAUUGUGUGGAGAUCUCUCUAGGCCGAGUGUUUGCCAGCGGCCAGGCCUACGUGGCUCUGUCCCGGGCUCGAAGCCUGCAGGGCCUGCGUGUGCUAGACUUUGACCCCAUGGUGGUUCGCUGUGACCCUUGUGUGCUGCACUACUAUGCCACUCUGCGGCGGGGCAGGGGCCUCAGUCUGGAGUCCCCAAAUGAUGAUGAGGCAGCCUCAGACCAGGAGAACAUGGACCCAAACCUCUGAGCCUCAGCUAUAAAGAGAAGAUAAAUGGUGGUCUCCCCACCUUCCUGCUCCCUAGAGGACCAGGACCCCAGGGGAUAAGGGGGAUGAGGGUCUGCACCUCUUGCUCCAUUCUUUAGGCGCUCUUGGCCUCCUGGCAGGGUAAAAGGGAGAGAGUUUCCCACCUGUGUACCAGCCGUGCCUCGGUUUCUCUCCUUUUGUCUGAGCUGCUUCAAGGUCAGAAGUAACCCUUGCUGGGCCAGUUGGGAAGAGGCUUGUGGUAGUAUCUGAUAUCAGAAGACAAAGCUCUCUGCACAGGCUGAGCACAGAGCUACAGAGUCCUGAACACUCCUCCCUUUGGGCUGCAGAAGGGAGAGGCAGUGAAGACAAGUGCUCCAGGAGAAGCAUCAGGCCUCUCUAGUAGGGUGCUGAGGGCAGACUCAGGCCAGGUUCAGGCCCCAAACAGAACAGAACCUGGGGGUAUCUCCACAGCUAGGCUCAGCCUAGCACAGCCCCGAAUAAGCACCUUCUAAGCAUACCCUGAGAAUAUAAACUGUAAAAUGCAUGCCCAUAUAUUAAGCUGCUUUUUUCAGGGCAUAAAUAUUGUUGGGGGCAUGGAAAUAAAUGUUCUCAGGUUGUAUUUAUUCAGGAAAA